GAGCCUCACCGGCACCGCUCAUGCAACUGAUCAAAUGAUCUUGUCUUUCGAUUCUCAAUCGGACGAAUUAGAAUGAUUACAUCUAGGCGAUGACGAGAAAGUGGACGAGCUCUUGAAUUUUCAUAUCCGCAUGAGCUAUGAGUUUCGUGGCCAUAGACAUAAGAUAGCUAACACGAUGAUCACAUUGUUGAGUUGGAAAGAUGUUGGCCGGUUACUCAACUGAAGAGUCGUUCGAAAGAAUACGCAUACUCACUCCCAAAACUGAGGGUGAUGGUAAUCCACCCACCAUCCCAGCGUGUGCCGAAUCGUCCUCUCCAGGAUAUGCACUUGGCGGUGCGUGGGGCAGUACUCUCAUCGUUUGGAUCCUUCCACACUACAAGCAACUGCCGGACGUAGUAGGCGACGCCAUGUACUCAGACAGUCCAACCACCUGGCCACGAGUGACUGCAAAUGGGAAGACAGAGAGAUUGUUGGAUGAUGGAGGAAAGUUUAAGAACAUGAACGUCGGGGUGUCGAAUGUUUCGCCUAGACGAAGAUGGUUGAAAGCGAUGGUGGCCAAAUGCUUAAGGCCCGUCGAAGCGGGCACCGACCACUCCGAGUUGGACUCUUCUCUUCGAGGUCUGAACAAAGGACGGUAA